GCCACCACGAAUCGGAAGAGUCGCAAGGCGCGAGGAGCGGUGAGGAAAGCGGCUCCUAAACGAGAGCAGCAGCAGCAGCAGCAGGACGAGGAGGAGCAAGUGGAGAAGGAAGAAGAGGAAGAGGUAGAUGACCGGGGUGGCGAUGCCUGCUCCGUGGAGUCCAUCCCAGAGAUCCCCUCGUGCCGAGCGGCGCCUCCUCCCAAGAAGAAACAGCCGCUGCGACGCGAGAAGAAGCCCAGACAGAAACAAGCCCCCGCCCCCGAGGAGGCCCCCUCCACCACCGGGGCGGCCAAACCCCCGCAGAGGAAGACGGCCCCCAUGAGCGCCUUCCUUGCUUCGGGGGGCUCAGGGUCAAUAAAGGUGCUAGGGGGGGCAGCAGCAGCAGCAAAGGACGCGGGGGCAGCGGCUAAGAGCUGCUCAGGGGCAGCGGCUAAGAGCUGCUCAGGGGCAGCGGCUAAGAGCUGCUCAGGGGCAGCGGCUAAGAGCUGCUCAGGGGCAGCGGCCCCCGCAGAGGGCAGCAGCAGCAGCAGCAGCAACACUGACGGAGCUGCCCCGGCCAAGAAGGAGAAGCGAGUGAAGAAAAGAGGUCGCAAGGGAGGCCCGGGUGCGGAUGAAGAUGGCGAUCCGGACAAGAGCGACUCCCCAUCGGGAGGGAAGUCUGGCAAGGACGCCGCGGCUGAGACCCCUUUGGGGACCCCCCCGAUCGAGGUGGGCGACCUGGACGCGUUCGCGCUAAUGCCGGCGCCGCAGGGCAUCACGGUCAUGUGCCGCAUCACCCGCGACAAGAAGGGCAUGGACCGGGGCAUGUACCCCACCUACUUCCUGCACAUGGAGAGAGACGACGGCAGGAAGGUGUUCCUCCUCGCUGGCCGUAAGCGCAAGAGAAGCAAAACCUCCAACUACCUGAUCGCCACAGACCCCGUGGAUCUGUCCCGAGACGGAGACAGCUUCGUGGGGAAACUCAGGGCCAACCUCAUGGGCACCAAGUUCACGGUGUUUGAUGGGGGUCUCAGCUUCGAGAAGCGGGGGGCCCUGGCGCGAGACGGGACGGGGCUGCGACAGGAGAUGGCGGCUGUGUGCUACGAGACGAACGUCCUCGGCUUCAAAGGGCCGCGUCGCAUGGCGGUCGUCAUCCCCGGCAUGGACGCCGAGCAGCAGCGCGUGGCCAUCAGACCCCGCGGCGAGCGAGACUCGCUGCUGAGUCGCUGGACUAUGCGCAGCUUGGAGGGACUCAUCGAGUUGCACAACAAGUCGCCCGUGUGGAACGACGAGACGCAGAGCUACGUGCUCAACUUCCACGGCAGAGUUACCCAGGCGUCCGUCAAGAACUUCCAGAUCGUGCACGACACGGACCUCGACUACAUCGUGAUGCAGUUUGGACGCGUGGCCGAGGAGGUGUUCACGAUGGACUACAGCUACCCAAUGUGCGCCCUCCAAGCCUUCGCGAUCGCGCUGAGCAGCUUCGACGGGAAGCUGGCGUGCGAGUGACAUGGGUUCCACUCCCCGCGUGCGAUGUU